ACCCGGCGUGAUUGCGAGGCAUGCGAUCCCACGGACGGCUAGCGUCACAAAUCAGAGGCGACUAACGUCUAACGUUCGGCUGAGGACGACACUGUUGUUCCUGGUUACAGGGAAGCUGUGAAGGCGCGACUUUUGUCUGUAGAACCCCAAAACCGGACCAUUCGCCAAUAUGGAGUGGCAGCCAGAUGAGCAAGGUCUGCAGCAAGUGCUUCAGCUCCUGAAGGACUCUCAGUCACCAGACACAGCAACACAGAGGGCUGUUCAAGAAAAACUGGAGCAGCUGAACCAAUUUCCAGAUUUUAACAACUAUCUAAUAUUUGUCCUUACAAGCCUCAAAUCUGAAGAUGAGCCGACCCGCUCUCUCAGUGGACUUAUAUUGAAAAACAAUGUCAAGGCUCACUACCAGAACUUCCCUCCAAAUGUGGCUGAAUUUAUAAAACGUGAAUGUCUUAACAACAUUGGAGACCCCUCCCCUCUCAUCAGAGCUACAAUCGGUAUCCUGAUAACAACCAUAGCCUCUAAAGGGGAGCUCCAGACCUGGCCGGAGCUGCUGCCCCAGCUCUGCAAUCUGCUCAACUCAGAAGACUACAACACAUGUGAGGGCUCCUUUGGAGCUCUUCAGAAGAUCUGUGAAGACUCCUCCGAGCUGUUGGACAGUGAUGCCUUGAAUAGGCCGCUCAACAUCAUGAUCCCCAAGUUCCUGCAGUUCUUUAAGCACUGCAGCCCGAAGAUCAGGUCUCAUGCUAUCGCUUGCGUGAACCAGUUCAUCAUUGGUCGAGCUCAGGCCCUGAUGGAUAACAUCGACACUUUCAUUGAGAGUCUGUUUGCGCUGGCUGGUGAUGAGGACAGCGAAGUCCGGAAGAAUGUGUGCAGGGCUCUGGUCAUGCUGCUAGAAGUCCGCAUUGACCGCCUCAUCCCUCACAUGCACAGCAUCAUCCAGUACAUGCUGCAGCGGACCCAAGACCCUGACGAGAAUGUGGCUUUAGAAGCCUGUGAGUUCUGGCUGACCCUGGCUGAACAACCCAUCUGUACCGAGGCUCUGUCCGGCCACUUGGUCCAACUAAUUCCUAUCCUGGUGAAUGGGAUGAAAUAUUCAGAGAUUGAUAUAAUACUUCUAAAGGGGGAUGUGGAGGAAGAUGAGACGAUUCCAGAUAGUGAGCAGGACAUCAAGCCUCGCUUCCACAAGUCACGGACUGUCACACUUCAACAUGAAGGAGGUGAGGGAGAAGAGGGGGAGGAUAUCGAUGACGAUGAAGAUGACGACGACGAUGCACUGUCGGACUGGAACCUACGAAAAUGUUCUGCGGCAGCUUUGGAUGUCCUUGCCAACGUAUUUCGUGAGGAGUUGCUCCCCCAUCUCCUCCCCUUGCUGAAAGGCCUGCUGUUCCACCCUGACUGGGUCAUCAAGGAGUCUGGAAUUCUUGUGCUUGGAGCGAUCGCUGAGGGAUGUAUGCAGGGCAUGGUCCCAUACUUACCUGAGCUAAUCCCCCACCUCAUCCAGUGUUUAAGCGACAAGAAAGCACUGGUUCGGUCCAUCGCCUGCUGGACACUCAGCCGCUAUGCUCACUGGGUGGUAAGCCAGCCCCCUGAUGCUCACCUCAAACCUCUCAUGACUGAACUGCUGAAACGCAUCCUGGAUUUCAAUAAAAGAGUUCAAGAGGCGGCGUGCAGUGCUUUCGCCACCCUGGAGGAGGAGGCCUGCACCGAGCUGGUGCCUUACCUGAGCUUUAUUCUCGACACGUUGGUGUUUGCGUUCGGGAAGUAUCAACACAAGAAUCUGCUGAUCUUGUACGAUGCCAUCGGAACCUUGGCUGACUCAGUGGGACACCAUCUUAACCAGCCAGAGUAUAUUCAAAAGCUGAUGCCGCCACUGAUCGCCAAGUGGAAUGAGCUGAAGGACGAAGACAAAGAUCUCUUUCCCCUAUUGGAGUGUCUGUCGUCUGUUGCCACGGCUCUGCAGAGCGGCUUCCUCCCGUACUGCGAGCCAGUCUAUCAGCGCUGCGUCACCCUUGUCCAGAAGACUCUGGCUCAGGCCAUGAUGUACAGUCAGCAGCCAGAUCAGUACGAGGCCCCAGAUAAGGACUUCAUGAUUGUGGCUUUGGAUCUUCUGAGCGGUCUGGCCGAGGGCUUGGGAGGACACGUGGAAACGCUUGUGGCGCGCAGUAACAUUAUGACUCUGCUCUUCCAGUGCAUGCAGGACACAAUGCCGGAAGUUAGACAAAGUUCUUUUGCUCUACUUGGUGAUCUGACGAAGGCCUGUUUCCCACAUGUGAAACCCUGCAUUGCUGAGUUUAUGCCAAUCCUCGGCACUAACCUGAAUCCAGAAUUCAUCUCCGUCUGCAAUAAUGCCACAUGGGCCAUCGGGGAGAUCUGCAUGCAGAUGGGAGUGGAGAUGCAGCCGUACAUCGCCAUGGUUCUCAGCCAACUGGUGGAGAUCAUUAAUCGGCCAAACACACCCAAGACCCUGCUGGAGAACACUGCGAUCACCAUUGGAAGGCUGGGCUACGUCUGUCCCCAGGAAGUGGCUCCCAUGUUGCCACAAUUCAUUCGCCCUUGGUGCACUUCUUUACGGAACAUCAGAGACAACGAGGAGAAAGACUCCGCCUUCCGAGGGAUCUGCAUGAUGAUCGGGGUGAACCCUGGUGGUGUGGUGCAGGACUUCAUCUUUUUCUGCGACGCCGUAGCCUCGUGGGUUAAUCCGAAAGACGAUCUGCGCGACAUGUUUUAUAAGAUCCUGCACGGGUUCAAGGAGCAGGUCGGGGAGGAGAACUGGCAGCAGUUCUCAGAGCAGUUUCCUCCACUGCUGAAGGAAAGACUGGCAGCCUGCUACGGCGUUUAGAGCCUCGACACUCACCCAAGUGAUGCGCCAGCUGCAGGAGGAGGGUGAAUGGGAAACUCAUCCAUCUGUGUAUUGCACUGCCCUGAUCAGGAGGGAGGGAGAGGGACGCUAUUGGCCGCUCCCCCUGACGGACGGCCCCCACACCCUAUGUGUUUGUCCAUAGAGGGAGGGAGGGAGGGUUGGGACAGGGGGACACCUCUAGAUUAACUAGGCAGGGACCCGACACAGAAAAAACUAACCGGUAGGGAGAGAAAAAGCCACAGGGUGGCGGCAAAGCGAUCGAAAGGUUUACAAAGAACGACACGAGAGAUGAAACCAGAAGGUUUUGGGACGGCGAGUCAUCCCGGGGGGAAGGCACCGGUUAACAAAGCAGGGAAUUUAUCAACAGAAAUAUCUGUUACAGGGCUAGAGGAGCAGAAACUGUUGUGAUUUUAAAAUUUUUAAAUUCAAGAGUUAACCUUUAGCUUGACCAACGAAGACCCAACACACGGACUCUUGCGUUCAGAGCUUAUACAUGAUCUGUACAUGCAGUACAGGGAACUGCCUGUCGGUGGCACUAUAACUUCGAAGAACCUAAAGCGUGAAAUUGGGGACAGACAGGUGUCAUAAAUCCUUUAUUUUCCAGGGGAAUAGAAUCCAUGGUCAUUCUCAUCUGUAGUCACUGAAUACUGCUUUAUUCUUCUACUUUUCUUCCGUGUAUCUCGGUGUUGACCACAGUGCUGCUUCAGAGCUUUCCGUUUAUCAGACAUUUAUCUGCCAUAUUUUAUACCUUAUCAAGAAAGAAAGAGAAAUAGCAAGUGUCUCUUCUUGUGACUUCAUAACUAUUAUUUCAGAGAAGAAGGGCUAACACUUGUUUUAUCACUAGAUGGGAGUAUAACUUACAAAAAAAAAAAAAAAAAAAACUUCUUUAGUUGUCUGCAUGUGCCGUUAGCAGCGCCUCACUCCGGGAAUUCUGUGAUAAGUUUGUGACGUAUGUAUUCAUAGUGCUAUGGUACCGAGCUAAAACUUGACUCCCACCGCGACGUCAUUGGCACCUGACGACUGUGAACAAGUGUUUGAGAGUGCGCGCACGAGUGUCUCCGUUUAUUGUCUGCAUUUGAUAUCCUUUUGCAAACCACACGGAUAUAUUUUAGUAGAACUUUGGCUGUGUCACUUUAAUGUUUUUACUAGCAAUGUUGCGUUUUUUUUUAGCUGCUACUAAUGAGAAUCUGUUGACAAGGUCGCGCAAAUUCUGCAGGUUUUUUUUUCCAGUGACUGUUAAAUUGCACUUUUAAACAAAUAUUUUGCUUUUUUUAAUCUAUGGGAAGUACUUGUUUUGAUCUCGCCCGUAUUGUGUCUUGACCCCGAUGUCUGUGUUGUCACACUGUGUUGCACUGUGAAAUUAAGUGUCUACGACCGGCUAAAAUAUCCCGAUAAAUAAAAACACCUCUGUGAAACUGCGACUAAUCCGCACUUUUACAACAGCUAACCUUGCCAUGUCGCUUCAGUGUGUGUGCGGGAGUGUCUUUCUAACUGCAUGAGUAGGUAGGUGCGCAUGGAUGCCCUGUUGCCUUGGAGCAUGUUUUGGAGAGUUAGAUAGUGUUGAAGUGUUUUCUUUUUUUGGUUGCAUGCGCCAUAUCUGUGCUUUCAUGAGCCUGUGUUGAUAUACUUCAGUUCAGAAUACGUCACACCUUUAUGUUGUCUGGUCACGAGCAAACAAAAAUCUUUCACUGCAGGCUUCAGUUUGACUGGAGGACAUUUUAGAUGUGACCUUUUUCCACACUUCCUCAUGCACUCGCCGACUUUCACAAAGCGCUGGUGAAUUCGUACGACCCAACUCGUUAAAACAAUGUUUGAUGGGUUCAGAGGUUGUAGGAAAGAAAACCUUGAAACAUAUUUGUUCCUUUGCCAGUUACUUCUGGGUUUGAGACGCUGGGAUCAGGAUGAAUUUGAAGUCAUCUAACUCCACAACAUGUUCCUACAGCUCAACUCACACAGCUGCCACUUACACGUCGCUGUUAUGAAUAAUAAGAUCGUAAUUACAAUCUGGUUUAGUUGCCUUCGAUAGGACCUGUGGACCAUGAUGUUACUCUACUUCAACAGUAUGUUCUUCUUUUAUUGCUUGAGAAAAGUAAUAUUGUAAUUUGCCCUGCAGUACUGCAGAUGAGUAAGCCUUCUUUUAUAAACACACGUGUGAGUCCAAAACAUAGUAAAAAAACAGUUUAGAAAGGAAGUUGCGUUGCAUCGUUCUGAGCUUAAAAUAUCUGUGGUCCACUUCAACUGGAGAAGACCGCAGUGCAAUGAUGAGAGCGAGGUCACUGCCAAAGAGAAAAAUGGUAAAUACAGAAGUGGAGAGGCUGAUACAGCGGGGAUAAUCACACUUCUAUGAAUAGCUUUUAAUAGAUUAGACCACAACUGUGACAGUGAAGAGCAAUGUAGUCCUUCUACGUGUAGUACUAGUUUAAUCCCCUGCGUGACAAAGAGCGAUGGAAAAGUAACAGGUGACUGGAGAGGAAGGAAUCACUCCUGCGACCUCCAGUGGACUGUGAUCGGAACAGUAUUGACUUUAUACUUAAAUUGCAUGAUGCUGUUGCAGAUUAGCUGCAUGAUAGUUUUGUUGCGUAAUAUGUUCCAACUUUCAAGGGCAGCAGUUUUACGAUUCAUCUCAUCCAAGUCGCUGACUGUGGUCCAUGAACGCUGUCACGUUCAAAGAGGAUGCUAAAGCUAACCGUACAACUUUUAUACUUUAUUGUUCGUGCUGUCGAGGAGUAUUCGAAUAAAACCAGGAAGUCAAUACAAAACUGUGACUAAAACUUAUUUGUCAGAUUUAAUGGGAACGGGAAAAAAAAAGCACAAUUUAUCUAUCUAUCUAUCUAUCUAUCUAUCUAUCUAUCUAUCUAUCUAUCUAUAUAUAUAUAUAUAAAUUGUGCAUUUUUUCCCCGUCCCAUUAAAAUGUGGGAAGUCAAACUGGGAUUUGCCAUUUCAAACUUCAGUAGUUUGAAACUUCAUGUGAGGCACGAGGAAAAGUAUAAGUGACAUCAGAAUGGGAAAUGAAACUUGACAGACCAGUUUAUAGUCCCAGAUUUGAGCUGUUGUUGAGGUAAAAUACUUGUCAGACAGACAAACAAUCGUGGUCAGUCCUUGUAU